AGCCGUCGCUGGUGAUAAUGUGUACUUACUUGCUUCAUUCCGUGAGCUUUAGUAAAACUCGGGAGAUUACCCUCCUUGUAGACCUCCAUGAUCAUAGAUAAAACGAUUGUUUAUACGAAUUUCGACAUUUUAUCUCGGUUUUGUAUGUACAUCCAAUCCAUCAAUAAAUAUUUAGUGCGAGUCUCAUUGUUUAUUAUUCAUAAUAACAGUAUAUAAGUAUUAUAUACCUAUAAUAGUAAAAUCUAUCCAUUUAUGAUAGACAAUUCAGUGAAGUGAGUUUUUAUUACAUGUAGAUUAUCAAUCUACGCCCAUACACUUAGUCUUGUUCCAGUGACGCCUGAGUAUUUUUCAUACUUCUAUUCCUGUGCGAACACCUACAUUCAUCAACAAUACUUUACGAACUCAAUUCAUUAUGAUAUGAUGAUAUACUAAUUGUGACGAAUACCACUUUUUAGGCAUAAAUAUAUCUCAACGGACAAUUUAUUUGAAAAUAUUAUAUUAUGUUUACAUUACAAUAUUAUAUUUCUACAGAUAUAGGUAUAUAGUAAAUGUGUCAUUUUUAUUUGUACUUGUGAAUCAUCUUAAAUUUCAAUUUUUUUCAUACAAUUUUUUAAAUUUAUUAAUCAAGUUUGUAAUCGGUGAAUGAUCAAUUUUAAACAGUGACUGAUUUAACUCGAUUCAACUGAUUUUGGUUGUCUAAAUACACGUAUAAUGUUUGACUAGAGUUUACCCAUUUGCUCUCAUUUAAAAUGAAUAUAUAAUCAUCUUUAAUACGUGAUUCAGAAUGUCAGGACAAAGUGGAGGACGACUGAAACUCUCAAAGUUAAAUGGCCAACUUACUUGUAAAUUGUGUCGAGGAUAUUUUAUCGAUGCAACAACAAUCAUUGAAUGUCUACAUUCAUUUUGUCGAAGUUGCAUUGUCAAAUACUUGAACACCAACAAAUAUUGCCCAAUAUGUGAAGUUCAAGUUCAUAAAAGCAAGCCGCUUCUCAAUAUUCGACCUGAUCAUACUUUACAAGAUAUAGUAUAUAAGUUGGUUCCUGGAUGCUACCAGAACGAAAUGCGAUGUCGCCGAGAAUUCUACAAAAAAAACCCAGAUGCUCAGCGAGCUAAUAUGCCUCCAGAAGCUCGAGGAGAACCAAUUGAAUCACACAUAUAUUCCCCAGAUGAAUCUUUAAGCCUUUCUCUAGAGUAUUAUAAGCCGGCUUUAAAUGAAAGCCCUAUUUCUUGUACAGAAAGUGAAGACGAGAAAACAGAAUCACCUUUGACAAACAAAGAACAAAGUUUACCUCGACGAUAUCUUCGAUGUCCAGCAGCUGUAACGGUUUUUCAUUUGCAAAAAUUGAUCAGAGCAAAAUAUGGACUCAGCAACGUUCACCGAGUCGAUAUUAUGUACAAAGAAGAACCACUGUAUGAAAACUAUACUCUCAUGGACGUAAUGUACAUUUAUCAUUGGAGGCGAAAAGUUCCACUGCAUCUUAGCUAUAGGAUUUUUGAAUUUGCAUCGAAACGUUUAAAACUUUCUGAUGAUAAUGAAGACUUUAAACAAUCGUUAUCGAAUGCAGGCAUAAGCUCUUUACAUUUCAACAGAGUGCAACAUGGAGAUGCAUUAAAAAAAGAAUGGAAAGAAGUCCAGUUAAAAAUAUCUGAAACCGGUGUAAUGAGUGUCACAGGAAUUACAAGCCCUGACUCUAAGAAAAAUGAAAAAAAGGAAAGUUUUGAGGAAGAUCAACGACAGCUUGAUAAAAGUGUUGACAUAGCUAAUGCAUCAAAAACAGAAAAUAAAGGAAAAACUUACAAAGAAACUUCCAGUACAUGUACCGGAAUUACCGAAUUGCAAAAAAUAUCCACUGAUUCACAAUCUGGGAAACAUAAAUUGUAUUCUAAGGCUAAUGCAUGCAACAUAAGAAUUGAAAAGAAUAUAUCCACAAAAGUUCUACAAAACAAUCAUGAAAGUGUUUCCGGAGAUAACUUUGAUCCAGGCAAUAAUGAAACAUCAUCAGAAAGCUCCGCUGCCAUAAAAAAAAAUGAAUUAAUUUCAAAAAGUUAUAAAGAAUCACAACACAAAACAUCGAGUGGAAGCACAACGAAUAAUAAUAGUACAAAUCAAGCUAGUGGUUCUAAAAUUGAUGCAUUAAGUGCGAAACUUCAAUUUCAUCCAAAAGUUGGUCAAGUUAAUAAUACAUACUCAAAAAGAGGCCAAAAAGAAAGGAAAACAAUUCUUGAAAAAGUUCUUAAAAAUACAGAGACUAAAAAAAAUAUAAAAGAUAAAUCAAAUCGAACCAGCGGAGGUGGAAUCAUUGCGAACUUAUCAAAUAAAUCGCAAGUAAACACAUCACAAACCACAUCAAAUGCUUUUUGUAGUCUAUCAUCUGUACCGUCAGUUUCAAUUUCCAUUACAUCUCGCAGAAAUGCGUCCCCAGAUCGUGUUAGGGAUUCAUCUGGAUCAGCCACAGGACUUGGGUCUGCUCGCAUUGACAAUUCCGAAAGUUCCCAUCAACGCCAUCAACGACUGAACAAUAUUUCUACUGAUAAUGAAAACCUUGUCAGCAUUGGACUUAAUGUUUCGACUGCUUUAAGCCCGUCAAAUUCCUCAAAUUAUGCUUACACUGUUCAGGACUUCGUUAAUAACGCAAUGCGAAAGAGUACUCCAAUAAGCAUUUACACGAUUCCGACUUUUACGACUGUAAAAACUCCCAUUUCCAAUUUAUCAAACAACAACUAUAGUAUUAGCAAUGAUAUCACCAAUAAUAAUAAUAACAAUAAUACUACUAAUGAGGAGUUGUGCGCUACCCCACCUUUAGGUACAGGAAAAUUAAAUAAUUCUCAGUUAAAUUCAGAAACAACAGGAUGUAAUUCAGUAGUUCCACCAUGCCCAGACGCGAUCCCAAUUUCUUUAAUGAAGCCAACUGUUAGAAAAACUGAAAUUAUCGCCAAAGGAACUAAUUUGAACGAAAUUUGUGCUAAAAUUGGAACUUCAGGAUCAAAAAUAAAUGACAUAUGUGCUAAAAUAGGAGAAACUUCAAAAGAAAGAGAUAAAAAUAAAUUAGAGAUUAAAACAAGACCUGAAAUUCCAGAUCUUCUGAAAAUAUCAAAAAAGACUAUGAAUCCAAAUAAUGAUUCUUUUAUUUCUAUGAAUAUUCCUAAUGUACCAUGUUACACACCCAGUAAUACUUCAAUUUUCGGGCCAACCGAUUCAAAAGCUAAUAAAUCGAUAUAUACAUCGUCCGGCCAACCAACAACAAGCUCACUUUCAAUAACAUCACAACCCGUGUCGAAUAUUAUCUUCAAAGGAGGAAUCUCUGCUGUUAAAAAACUAUCGCAAUACAAAACCCUUCGAGACCCUCCGAAAACAUGGAAUCCUACGUUAUCGAAAAAUAGUUACGUAGCGUCAAAAAAUCAAGCAAAAGAAUUGCACCAAAGCCAAGGUUUUGUGUCGGGGUUCGAAAGUGGUAGUGGAAAUAAAAGUGGUGGAAAUGGAAAUUCGAAACCGAUUGCUUCAAAGCCAGCUAAAAUUUUCAAAAUGCGGAAUGUACCGAGAUAUUUAGGAAAUCCUGCAUCCGGAGUCAAACCAAUGUAUGGAGUGAUGAACGAAGGGUUAGGACAUAGCAAAGAAACAGAACAAAAGCUAGCUAAAGAACAAAGUCCAGUAUCAACUGUGACAGGAAGUCAUCGAAAAAAUUGUGUAUCCAAUAUCUCUGUAAUUAAAACGGACCCAAAAACUAUUUCACCAGUUGCUUCAACAACAAAAAGUCCAAUUGUUUCACCAUCUUCGUAUUCUCCGAGUACUAGGAGCUACCAAAAUACACCUUUUCCAAGAGACAUCUGUCAUAGCACGAACUCCUCAUUAUCACCAAGGAAUUCUCCAGUAAAUAUAAUCUCAACAAAUCCUUUUAUUCCAUCACCAACACCAAACACAAAUCCACGAUUGAUUUACUCGCAUUAUCCACCACCAUUUUCUGAAUCAACAAAAUUCACGAAUCCGUUGAUUCAUUCCCCAGUAGGAACGGCAUCUCCAAGUGCUUUUCACAGCAGUUUGCCACCUUCAAUUAAUAAAUUGUAUCAACGAACAAGUUACAUGUCUUCAUCAUCGAGUAGUUAUGGACAAAAUACAGCUUCUCAAGCGCCAACAGUUCAACGCUCACCUUCUCAUUCAGCCCCGCCAAAAUCGCCGAAAACAGCAGGUUCGUCGUCAAGUUCUAAUUUCAAUCUAAUUAAAACUGAGACACAAACUAAUAUAGAUUCUACAGGAAACGCUAAUAAAGUCAAUCAGCUCGUAGAUAGUCAGAAAUCUAAAAAUGUGCCUGCUGGGGUUGCGUCCGAUCUUUCGAAAACUUCUUCACCUAGCAGUAAGGUAGUAUCAUCUUGUAUCAACAAUAAUCCAGCAAAGUCAUCAGACGAAUACUCAAACAAUGCAAGUAACAUGAGAACUUCUUGUAGCAAGAUAAUCAAUGCUUGCGAAGACUCGAAAGAAGAGCCUGAAAAUAAAGACGAAGAAAUUUCUUCUAAAAUGCAAUCAAAUGAAAAGACUGAAAACAAAGAAGUCAAAGAUAGCUUGAACAAUAUUCCGACGUUUAAUGAAAAUGAACUAUCUAAUAACAAAAAAACUUUAGUGAAUCAAGUGCAUAUUAUCGAAUCUCGAAGUAAAAUUAUUGAAGAAUUGAAUAUAAAUACUUCUGAAACGACUUCAUCUAAUUUGAGUAACCAUACAGAAACAGUAAAUUUGCAGACGGAUGAAUCUCCUGGAUUAUCUGUAACAGAAAAAACAAAUGAAAUUGUUAAGGAUAAAGAAAGUGACAGCACAGAUCAUUCGUUGACGAAUGAUUUAAAAUGCGAUAGCUUGGCAAAAACUUCUGAACAAAUUCAAAGCAAAAAUCCACAAACUAAGAUCCAGGAAAACCAAGCAUAAUCCAAAUUUGUGAAAGCCGAUCUCGAUUUAUCAGCCAGUCAAUUUCAAUAUAGUCUGAGAAAGAUGGAAAAUAGAGUAAAUUUGAAAAUAACGGAAUUAUGAUGAUAAUUUUGUUCGAACAAAAAAAAAAAAAUUUAA